AUGUUGGACAACCUGGCCCUGGUCAAAACCAAGCUACAUGAGCAAGCCGAAGAGACAGUCAAACAAAAAAAAGAUGAGAAGAGUGAGGGAGAACCGGCUACUGCAGGCGCCAAGUCCAAAUCACAAGUGAAAAGAGUCACAUGGAAUAUAGAGGAACCUGUGGGACCUCAGCCCGAAAAGUCAGCAAGCAAAGUGGCUUUGUACAAAUUGAAGCUGAAACAGGAGGGAAUUCGCAGACCUUCUGCAUCCUUGUCCUUUCAGGAUUUUACCGGAACAGCGAGUGAUGAUGACGUGACGAUGAGUAAAGACCCAGAGAGGUCCUGUGGCGCUGACCGUGCACAGGGGCUGGGCGACGAUGGGGAUUCAGUCAAGAAAGACAAGACUUACUUAAAGAAGCUUCACAUGCAAGAGCGAGCCGUAGAGGAGGUCAAACUGGCCAUCAAGCCCUUUUACCAGAACCGAGAAAUCACCAAGGACGAGUACAAAGAUAUUCUACGCAAAGCUGUGCAGAAGGUAUGCCACAGUAAGAGUGGAGAGAUCAACCCGGUGAAGGUGGGCAAUCUAGUCAAGGCAUAUGUGGACAAAUACAAGCAUGCUAGAAAAUACAACAGAUCAGCUGACAGCCCAUAA